AUGGUCGGCCCACCUGGACUGUCUAAGAUAGUCGGAGGCCGAGAGGCUCCUGAGGGAGCCUGGCCCUGGCAGGUCAGCAUCCAGAUACUUUCCAGUCACCACUGUGGCGGCACAAUCAUCAACAGCCUGUGGAUUCUCACCGCAGCACACUGCUUCAACUUCCACAAAUUUCUCAGCAAUGAUUAUUUCCAAGUGGUUAUGGGACUUAAUGUGUUUUCUACACCUGGGCCUCACACCCAGACACGUUCCAUCAGUAAAAUCAUAAUGCAUGAAGACUACAAUGAGUUCACAUCCGACAACGAUGUGGCUCUGCUGCUGCUUAGCUCCCCCCUCAACUUCACAGAUCACGUCCAGCCUUGCUGCACUCCUCAUAACAUGAGCCACGAGGCUGCCCUCAACCUGAGCUACUGCUUCAUCACUGGAUGGGGAAGCACCUACUUCAACGGUGAGCCAGUGGACAGACUGCAGGAGGCUGAGGUAGAGCUCAUCAACAGAACCAGAUGUAACCAAGAAACCUGGUACAACGGCAUCAUCACAGAAAAUAUGAUCUGUGCAGGACUGGAGACAGGGGGCGUGGACACUUGUCAGGGUGACAGUGGAGGUCCACUGCAGUGCUACAGCGAGAAGGAAAACAGCUUCUAUGUAGUAGGGGUGACAAGCUUCGGGGAGAAGUGUGGACUGCCCUACAGACCAGGAGUGUAUUCAAAAACCAGCAGGUUUGCAGACUGGCUCAAGGCAAAUCAGGAGCAAACUAGAGCUUGUGCACACAGGCUGAGCGGGGGACUGAUCACAGCUCUGCUCUUUGCUGUCCUGAUGCUGCUCUAA